UUUACCUGGCUAGCUCUUUCGUCCCAACCAGCCAACCAUUCUAUUCUUUCAGAGGUCGCCGCCGGCCAUGCAGGGCGCGGUGCUGGUGGCCAUCGCGGCCGCCAUCGGCAACAUGCUCCAGGGUUGGGACAACGCCACCAUCGCCGGCGCCGUCCUCUACAUCAAGCGCGAGUUCCACCUGGAGACGCAGCCCGCCCUCGAGGGCCUCGUCGUCGCCACCUCCCUCAUCGGCGCCACCAUCAUCACCACCUUCUCCGGCCCCGUCUCCGACAACGUCGGCCGCCGCCCCAUGCUCAUCGCCUCCUCGCUUCUAUACUUCGCCGGCGGCCUCAUCAUGAUGUGGUCCCCAAACGUGGUGGUCCUCCUCCUGGCGCGCCUGGUCGACGGCUUCGGCGUCGGCCUGGCCGUGACGCUGGUCCCCGUCUACAUCUCCGAGACGGCGCCGCCGGAGAUCCGCGGCCUGCUCAACACGCUGCCGCAGUUCACGGGCUCCUUCGGCAUGUUCUUCUCCUACUGCAUGAUCUUCUACAUGACGCUGGCGCCCAGCCCCAGCUGGCGCUUCAUGCUCGGCGUCCUCUCCCUGCCCUCCCUCGCCUACCUCGCCCUCACCGUCCUCUACCUUCCGGAGUCGCCGCGCUGGCUCGUCACCAAGGGCCGCAUGAAGGAGGCCAGGGCCAUCCUCCAGAUGCUUCGCGGCCGCGAGGACGUCUCCGGCGAGAUGGCGCUCCUCGUCGAGGGCCUCGGCAGCGGCGGCGACACCGUCAUCGAGGAGUACGUGCUCGGCCCGGCCGCGUCGGCGGCGGACACGGCGGAGAACGAGACCACCGGCGGCGGGGAGCAGCAGCAGCAGGUGACCCUGUACGGCCCCGAGCAGGGCCUAUCGUGGGUGGCGCAGCAGGUGCAGCAGGGCAGCGUGCUCGGCAGCGCCGUCGAGCUCGCGUCGCGCCAGGGCAGCAUGUACGAGCAGCUCAAGGACCCCGUCGUCACGCUGCUCGGGAGCGUCCACGAGAAGAUGCCCGACGCCGGCGCCGGCCCCGGCAGCAGCGCGCGCGGCAGCACGCUCUUCCCCAACCUCGGCAGCAUGCUCAGCGUGGCGGAGCGCCCCGGUGACUGGGACGAGGAGAACGUGCCGCCCAACGACGACCUCGACGAGGAGGAGGAGGAGGAGUACCUCUCCGACGAGGAGGCAGGCGGUGGUAGUUCUGGAGCCCUGCAGGCGCCGCUGCUGUCGAGGCAGAGCACCGACGUGGAGACGGGCAGGAAGGAGGACGGAAUGCAGCGGUACAGCAGCAUGACGGGCGGCGGGGAGACGGCGAGCACCAUGGGCAUCGGCGGCGGGUGGCAGCUGGCGUGGAAGUGGACGGAGAAGGUGGGGCCCGACGGCGUGAAGCGCGGCGCCGUGAAGAGGAUGUACCUGCACGAGGACGGCGGCGGCGGCGAGUCGGGACCCGGCGAGUACGUGCACGCGGCGGCGCUGGUGAGCCGGUCGAUGCUCUACACCAAGGACGUGAUGAUCGGGCAGAGCCCCACCCCUGCCUUCGAGAACCCGCCGGAGACGGUGGCCAGCAAGGCGGCCGCGGCGGGGCCUCGGUGGCGCGAGCUCCUCGCGCCGGGCGUGCGGCGAGCGCUCUUCUGCGGAGUCAUGAUCCAGAUCUUGCAGCAGUUCUCGGGCAUCAAUGGUGUGCUGUACUACACGCCCCAGAUCCUUGACCAGGCCGGCGUGAGCGUCCUCCUGGCGAGCCUGGGCCUGAGCGCCGACUCCACCUCCAUCCUCAUCAGCGGCCUCACGACGCUGCUGAUGCUCCCCAGCAUCGGCCUGGCCAUGCGCCUCAUGGACGUGUCCGGGCGCCGGAGCCUGCUGCUCUCCACCAUCCCGGUGCUGAUCGCGUCGCUGCUGGUGCUCAUCGUCGCCAACGUGCUGCCCAUGGCCACCACCCUGCACGCCGCGCUCUCCACGGGCAGCGUCAUCGUCUACUUCUGCUGCUUCGUCAUGGGGUUCGGCCCCAUCCCCAACAUCCUCUGCGCCGAGAUCUUCCCCACGCGCGUCAGGGGGCUCUGCAUCGCCAUCUGCUCGCUCACCUUCUGGCUCGGCGACAUCGCCGUCACCUACUCGCUCCCCGUCAUGCUCAGCUCCGUCGGCCUCGCGGGGGUCUUCGGCUUCUACGCCGUCGUCUGCUGCCUCGCCCUCAUCUUCGUCUACAUCAAGGUGCCCGAGACCAAGGGAUUCCCGCUCGAGGUCAUCAUCGAGUUCUUCAACAUCGGAGCCAAGGCGCUGCCGGGGGCAGACCAGGACCAGCAGCAGCAGCAGCAUUAGGAGGCCUAGCUACCUGCUGCCUCGAUCGUCUCAUCAAGUCAUGAUGCAUUCGAUUGAUUCAACCAAUAUAUGAUCUGCUGCACAGCUCGAUGAAUAAGUCAAAUUUUGUAUAAUUUUCUUUUUAUUCGUAGGAAAUUAAAGCACAACUUCUCUUCUUGUCAAAUUUUGGAGCUCAAAGCCAAUUAUAUUAGUUCCUUUUUAUUUUGU